UGACUCCACAUGGGUCCGUUACCGCGCCGGCGAGUUGUAUAAAUAAUCGGAUUUACUCGCGAUGUCGAAUUACGACGAACCGGGCCGCACUCGCGGACGUGCAUUACUGUGCAGUGUCAAGCCGAGGCACGUGAGGUCCCUGAAUUUCGGGCAAUCGAUCCUCGAGCUCGAUGCCGUGGAGCAGCGGUGCUCCGUACCGAACGGCGUCCUCGUGAUCGACCAGAAUGUCACUCGCAUACCGUGCACCGAGAAAGGGGAUUUCGUGCGCAAGUGGCUCGAGACGCACGAGAACGGCGGGUACAAUCCGCCCCCGCGGUUGUCCCCCGUUCCGGGAACGUCGGCGACCGCGGCCUGCCAGAUCUCGCCGGUACUCAGCAGCAGUAGGAAACGACCCAGGGGAAAGAUCCGUGCAGGCGGAAACGCCGCAGCGAGAAGGCCGGGCGAUGCGGGUCACCAGCGAAGCGCGGGGAAUUCCGCAACGCAAUGUAAAUCACAUUACGGAUGUAAGGAGGAGAGCGAGAAGUGGGGAUCUGUGAUCGAGACGACACAACACACGCCACCUGGUACGGACAGGGUGGCUGUCGACGAGAGUGACGAGACGUCUCCCGUUCUUGGUACGCAUCGCGCCUUAUGCAGGAAAAAGGCAAGAAAACUGCGGCAUGAAGCAAAGGAUAGUAUCUCUCCAGAAUGCUUCAAGUUACCGAGCCACAAAAUCACAAGUGGAAACGCAGAGUCAAUAGCGGAACCUGACGGCGGCCGUAAUGAUCUGAGAGAGAUUCCUGCGAACCGAGAUAAAUUGGGAGAAAAUUUGGAUGUCAAAUCUAGAACGAGACUUACCCUCUCGAUCGAGGCAAGGGAGAGCCCAGAGAGAUAUCAGAGCUAUAUAGACUUUUCGCCAUCGACGCACGAGAAAUUGAGUUUUGCCGACAGCUCGAGCGACAGCGCUGGCAAAAACGACUCGAGGAUAGAAAUAGGUACGAGCGAUGACAGCAAGGACGAGGAGGAGUGCGUCAGACUUGUAAUAGGUGCAAGCACACAGGGCAGCGACAACAAUCUGAGCAACCUCAUAGAGGAGACGGAGGAUACGCAGGAAAUUGCAAGAACAUCCGCACAGUCUUUGACACCAGCAGAUAAAUAUUUGAUCCCUUCGGGACAACCGUGUACGUCCUCGCGAUUGGCCAUUGACGAUUUGGACGAAACUUACUGCCCGGAAGCGGAAAUGCUGCAGGAUGUGCAGAGCACACGUCUGUCCGCAAGAAUCUCCGGGGUGCAGUCGUUGAAUAAAACCACGCAGAGAACGGGUAGCAAGUCGACGCAAACUGACGUUCACAUCAGCACGAUAACGACACCGUCGAGGAAGUCUCCGGACAAGGGUGUACAGGCGCAUCUUUUGGACUCUGGGAAGAAACGGCGCAAGCCUAAGAAGGGAGGCAUGGCCGCGAGACUGCAUUCCUUGAUCAACGCGCAAGUGUCCGACAUUCGUAUAUGGCGUUACCGAAUGAAGAGGCAGGACGCCGCGUCAGCGGGGUACAUCAGCGUACUUGUGCGCGAGACCACGAGGCAAUUCGGCAACCAGUUUCUGAGAGGCGUCCUAAUCGAGGAUCGCUUCAAUCUCCUGCGGGGCGACGUGCAAGUCGAACAGGCGGAAACGCGUGAUAUUCAGGCCCAGCUGAAGGGGAUCCUACACUGCAGGGAUAUAACAAUUAUGCUAGUCUGUGAUAUAGUCGGUACAUUGAGAAUGAUAUCGAGAGUUGUGAUAAACGUUUAUCCGCCUUGGGAUAUCUUGGAUAGGGACGAUCUUACCCUGGAGGCGAUGUACAUAAGUAUAAAUGAUAACUGCGAAAUACCGGAUAUCGAGAACCUCGGGAGAUCGCGCGAGCGUAAGAAGCGAAUUCUCAAAGAGUUCAAUUGUCCCUGUAUAGAAGAACAGAGGGAAUUGCCGUUCUGCGCGAGAAAGCCUACCGGCGAUAAGCCCGACGUGAUGCAACAGAUAUUUAAUUUUGGAACGAUGUCGAUUACACAAGAUCGUCCCGAGUUGUAUGAAGAAGUUAAGCUCUAUAAAAACGCCCGGGAGAGGGAGAAGCACGACAAUCAGGCGGAUCUGUAUGCCGUAGUAAAUACGUUGCAACAUUUGGAAAAGGCUUACAUCAGGGACUGCGUUACGCCUAAGGAAUACACGGCGGCGUGCAGCAAACUGUUGGUGCAAUACAGAGCAGCGUUUAAGCAGGUACAGAGCGAUCAGUUUCCAACAAUCGACUCCUUUACCAGAGCAUUCCGCUUGGAUUGUCCCGCUGCUCUCGAGAGAAUCAAGGAAGACAGGCCGAUCACGAUAAAAGACGACAAGGGCAACACUUCUAAGUGCAUCGCCGACAUCGUUUCGCUGUUUAUCACGCUCAUGGAUAAAUUACGACUGGAAAUCAAAGCCAUGGAUCAACUGCACCCGGAUCUGAGAGAUCUCAUGGACACCAUGAAUCGUCUCAGUAUACUACCAAGUGACUUCGACGGUAAAGAGAAGGUCUCAGAGUGGUUGCAGACUCUCGACAAUAUGUCCGCCUCGGACGAGUUAUCGGACACGCAAGUCAGACAAUUGAUAUUUGAUUUAGAGACAUCCUACAAUGCUUUUAAUAAGAUACUCCAUAAUUCGUAAUUCUCUUUAUUUCCGGUCGAGUCGAGUUAAUCUAAUAUUAUUUAUAAUACAAAUACCUCGACGUAUCGAUUAUAAUGCUGUUUAAACGAAAUUUUAUUAAUAAUUUAUAAAAUAAAAAAUAAUUAUUUGUACAUAUUGUUACUAUUAAU